AUGAUUUUUCUUUUUUGUUGCGACUUUACAAUUAGGCUUUUAAUCAGCGAGAAAUUUGUGAAUUUUCAGAUUAUCGAAGUGAACAAUCGACGGCGAAUGGAAACUGGGAUGCGAAGGAUGCAAAAGACUACGAGAAAUUCAAAAAUACCGUGAGUAAAAGAAUACUGAUGUAAUUUUCGGCUAAAAAAAUUCAAAUUUUUAAGAUUCUUCUGGAAACUUCGAAGCGGAAAUGGCAAAAUAUUCAUGGAGCAAAAAUAGAAGGUCGGUUAUUUGUUUUCAAAAAUCAGCAAAUUUAUUGUACUAAAACAAAAUAUGUGUAA